AUGGGCGGCUUCGGGGACUUCACGCCCCUCUGCCACACGGCAGCGCUCCCGCUAUGCGCCUCGGUCGGCCCCAUAACCUCCAUCUCCUCGGGCGUGGGCAUCGAGCCUGACUGCUAUGCGCGCAAUAUCGAGCUGGCCAACACAAUCAUCUUCGAGGGGGCGGCGAGCUUCAUGCACAUCAUCGCGCUGGGCAUGACGGUCAUCAUGAUCCUGCACAUCCGGGGCAAGUUCACCGCCGUCGGGCGCAAGGAGAUCCUCGCCUUCUUCUACUUCUACAUGCUGCUCAGCUUCUUCUCUCUUUGCGUCGACGCCGGUGUCGUCCCGCCCGGCUCCGGGCCUUACCCUUACUUUGUCGCUAUCCAGGCUGGGUUCGUGUCGUCGCUUGUUACUUGUCUGUUGAUCAACGGCUUCGUUGGGUUCCAGCUGUAUGAGGACGGCACGCCGCUUUCGGUGUGGUUGCUGCGGCUCUGCUCGGCUGCCGCUUUCGCCAUUUCGUUCUUGAUUUCGCUGGCGACUUUCAAGUCGUGGGCUGGACUGGGUCCCACCAACACUAUCGGCCUGUUCACUGUGCUGUACCUGCUUAAUGGGGUUCAGUUGGUCGUCUACGUCGGCUUGCAGAUACUCCUUGUUUCGCGCACACUGCAGGAUAGAUGGCCACUUGGAGACAUUGCCUUUGGUGUCUUCUUUUUCGUUAUUGGCCAGGUCAUACUCUACGCCUUCAGCUCGACCAUCUGCUCUGCAACGAGCCACUAUGUCGACGGUCUCUUCUUUGCGACCGUCUGCAAUCUGCUUGCGGUCAUGAUGGUAUACAAGUACUGGGACUCCAUCACGAAAGAAGACCUUGAAUUCUCCGUCGGCACCCGUAUGAACAAUUGGGAGGUGAAGGAACUCCUGCCCGAGGACGAGCGCCGAGCCACCGUCUACGCCGAAGACCCUUAUCACCAAUCUAGCGCAUAUGACAAUGGAUACUCGCCCACCGGCAACCGGAUGUCGAGGUACUAG